CCCGCACCCGCACCCGCGCGCCGUCCCUGUCUCUAUCUGUCUGUGUCCUGCUGCAGUGCCUCCGGCUCGCGUGGCAGCUUGGGGCCAGGUGCGUGUUGUGCACUUUUCUUCCGUCGUGCCCGCGCGCGCGCUGCCUCGCUCCUCUCCCCCCCUGCUGGCCUUGCCCUCACCACCUGCUGGGGAGCAGCACAGUAGUAGUACAUACAGAUACAGGUCACGACACGUGCGGCGCGGUCAUCCAUGGCGUCGUCCGCCUCCACGACGUCGGGCGGCGACGAGCGCCCGCGCGCGCCUCACGCCGACGCGUGCGCUGGGACGGCGCCGCCGCAGGCGCACGUGGAGUGGGCCGCCUCGAUGCAGGCCUACUACGCCGCCGGUGGGCAGCCUUACGCCUGGCACGCCGCGCAGCAGCACCUGAUGGCGGCGGCGGCGGCCGCGGCCGCCGCGGGGGCGCCGUGCGGGACGCCAGUGCCGUUCCCCGUGUCAUUCCACCCCGCGUACUACGCGACGCACGCGUCAAUGGCCACGAGUGUGCCCUACCCGACUCCCGAGCCGGUGGCGGUGGCGGAAGCGAAGAUCAAGAGGAAGAGCUCUGGCGCCCUCUCUGGCGGUUGCACUUCCGGAAGCAGUGCCGGUGGGAGCGAGGGCUCAUCAGAUAAAAGAGAUGCUACCCAUCAUAAGGUAUUACCUUCUGUAAGGAGGAGAAAGUCCAGCGGCGCCAAUGUACAAGGUGAGCCAUCGCAGGCUGCGACAGCUCAACAUGCUGCAGCUGAGUCACGAGUCACAGCAAAAAAGAGGCCCGCAACAGAACUCUCGGUUUCGACACCUGAGAUAGCUGGAACCUCCAAUGUCAUUGUCAGGCCGAACUUGAACAUUGGGAUGGACCUUUGGACUGAUUCUCCAGUUAAAGCAGAGACCUCUGGACAGGGUGAAAUAAAUGCUGCGACGCAUUCCCAUCAUGGCAGCACUUUGUCGAUGAUGGAUGAGCGAGAACUGAAAAGGGAGAGAAGAAAGCAAUCUAACAGAGAGUCAGCUAGGAGAUCAAGGCUACGCAAGCAGCAAGAAUGUGAGGAACUAGCGCAGAAGGUAACUGACCUGACCGUCGUCAACGGCACGCUCAGAUCAGAACUCGACGAGCUUAAGAAGGCCUGUGAAGACAUGGAAGCAGAGAAUUCACAGCUAAUUGGUGAACUGGAGCAGUCCGAGGCGCCUAGCGUUGUGACGACUCUGAGCAUCCAGAUUGACACAACGAAGGCGCAUCAUAGAAGCAGUGACCAGCAUGGUAAUAAAAACAACACUGGUAGCAAUGGGUAGUGGUAGUUUUGGAGUGUGGCAUCCGUGAGCUAGGCUUUUUACCUCUAGGUGAGGCAGAAAGAUGAGAUGAGGUGGUUAAUAUUUAGCUGCACCAUCGCCCAUCGUCAUCAGUCCUUGUUGUUCUCCUUGGAACAUCAUCUGUGCCUUCUCUUUACCUGCUCACAAGCAAUCUGAUACCAACAGAGUCUACGGCCUGUGUAUAUUAGCCAUGUAUGAUGUGUAUGCGAGAUGUGGGCGAACGAACUGCUUUGUAAUUAUCAGACUACCAGUUGUGGGCUUGUGCCUGCCUGUACAGCAAUGGUUGAAAACGAUUGACAGAAACUAGUUCAUUUGGUAGCAAUAAAGGUACCAUAUCAGUUAUAUUUU